AUGCAAUGGUCUCGGCACCUGCUGUCAAUCUGGGCUCAGAUUGCUGAGUCUAAUGCGAAUGAUUCCUUCUACUCAGAAAUAAUCAACUAUCUUCGACACCCUAGUGAAGGAUCACUCGCGAAGCUGACGAAACCAACGCGUGACAACAUCAAGCGUUACGCGCUUGAUGGUCCGCUGCUGACGUACACGAUGGACGUUUUUGACCCACCGCGCGUCGUCAUCCCUGCUGAUGACGACCUUCGAGCACGAUUGGUGCAUGAAUUUCAUGACACCCCAGCUGGUGGUCAUGUGGGUCGCGAAAAGACGUUCGCGGCCAUUUCUCGAGUGUUUUUCUGGCCGCGCAUGUACAAAUACAUCCAGAAAUGGGUACGCUCUUGCGAAAUAUGCCAGCGUGUGAAGCCUGCGCCGUCUUCACAAGCCCCAUUACGACCGCUUCUGAUUCCUACGGAAGCCUGGCGUUCAGUCAGUAUGGAUUUCAUCUUUGGUCUCCCUCCGGAUGAGAAGAACCGCACGGGCGUCUUGGUUUUUGCGGAUCGAUUUAGCAAGAUGGUGCACUUUGCUCCAGUCUCCGCGCACAUUACAGCGGAGACAACCGCGAAGAUCUUUAUUGAUCUCAUAUUUAGACACCAGGGCUUGCCAGAAUACAUCGUCUCGAACCGUGACCCGCGCUUUACAUCAGCUUUUUUGGGCAACGUUGUUUCAACUACUGGGCACGCGUUUGCUUAUGUCUACGGCGGCCCAUUCAGAAACGGAUGGGCAAACGGAGCGCGUCAAUUGAGUGCUUGA